CAGCCAGCCACGCCACUCGGCGUUUGCUUCAAUUCAGUAAUUCACCACUGUGUCUGUGUGCAUCAACCACAGAGCAGCAGAGUCCGGUCGACGCUGCUCCCCAACCAAACCAUGGCGCCGUUCCUUCUCCUGCUCCUUUUCCUCGGCCUGGGCGGCCUCCGCCCGACGGCGUCGGCAGACGAGCAGUUCGCCUUCGACGGCUUCACCGGCGCGAACCUCACCCUGGACGGCAUGGCGACGGUGACUUCCAACGGGCUGCUCCAGCUGAGCAACGCCACCAGCCAGCUCAAGGGCCACGCCUUCUUCCCAGCCCCGCUCCAGUUCCACACCGCGCCCAACGGCACGGCCAUGCGCUCCUUCUCCACGGCCUUCGUCAUCGGCAUCAUCGGCGCCUACGAGCAGCUCAGCAGCCACGGCAUGGCCUUCGUCGUCUCCAAGACCGCCAACUUCACCGCCGCGCUCCCCGGCCAGUUCCUCGGCCUCGUCGGCUCCGCCAACAACGGCAACGCCUCCAACCACCUCUUCGCCGUCGAGUUCGACACCAUCCUCAACUCCGAGUUCGACGACAUGAGCGGCAACCACGUCGGCAUCGACGUCAACGGCCUCCACUCCGUCGCCGCCGACAACGCCGGCUACUACGACGACGGCGCCACGGGGGCGUUCAGGAACAUGAGCCUGGUGGACCGCAAGCCCAUGCAGGUGUGGGUGGACUUCGACGGGCAGACCAUGCAGGUCAACGUCACCAUGGCGCCGCUGCAGGUACCCCGACCAAACAAGCCCCUGCUCUCCACCACCGUCAACCUCUCCUCCGUCAUCGACGGCACCGCCUACGUCGGCUUCUCCUCCUCCAGCGGCAUCCUCUUCUGCCGCCACUACGUGCUCGGAUGGAGCUUCAGGAUGGACGGCGCCGCCCCGCCCCUCAACGUCUCCUCGCUGCCCUCCAUGCCGGUCACGUUCCCCAAGCCGCGGUCCAAGACGCUCGAGAUCGUGCUGCCGAUCGCGUCCGCGCUGCUCGUCUUCGCGGCGGCCGCCGCGGCGUUCGUGCUCAUGCGCAGGCGGCGCAUGUUCGCGGAGCUCAAGGAGGACUGGGAGACCACGUACGGCCCGCACAGGUUCUCCUACAAGGACCUCUUCCACGCCACCGACGGGUUCAGCGACGCGCGGCUGCUGGGCAUCGGCGGCUUCGGGAGGGUGUACCGCGGCUCGCUCCCCAAGUCCAAGUCCGCGGAGAUCGCCGUGAAGAAGGUGGCCCACGGGUCCAGGCAGGGGAUGCGGGAGUUCGUGGCCGAGGUGGUCACCAUCGGCCGCCUCCGCCACCGCAACCUCGUGCAGCUGCUCGGCUACUGCCGCCGCAAGGGCGAGCUCCUCCUCGUGUACGACUACAUGCCCAACGGCAGCCUCGACAAGCACCUCUACGACCAGACCAAGAUGGUCCUGAGCUGGGGACAGAGGUUCCGGAUCAUCAAGGGCGUCGCCUCCGGGAUGCUGUACCUCCACGAGGACUGGGAGAAGGUGGUGCUGCACCGCGACAUCAAGGCCAGCAACGUGCUGCUCGACGCCGACAUGAACGCCCGCCUCGGGGACUUCGGCCUGGCCCGGCUCUACGACCACGGCACCGACCCGCACACCACGCACGUCGUCGGCACCAUGGGGUACCUGGCGCCGGAGCUCGGCCACACGGGCAAGGCAUCCAAGGCGUCCGACGUGUUCGCGUUCGGGGCGUUCAUGCUGGAGGUGGCGUGCGGGCGGAAGCCCGUGGUGCAGGACGCGCGCGACAACCACCUGGUGCUGGUGGACUGGGUGCUCGACCAGUGGCGCGCCGGCAAGGUCACCGCCGCCAUCGACCCGCGCCUCGGCGGCGACUUCGUGGAGCACGAGGCCAGCCUCGUGCUCAGGCUCGGCCUGCUCUGCUCGCACCCGCUGCCCGGCGCGCGGCCCACCACCAGGCAGGUCGCGCAGUACCUCGACGGCGACCUCAAGCUGCCGGAGCUGUCGCCCACGUACCAGAGCUUCAACAUGCUGGCGCUCAUGCAGGACCAGGGGUUCGAUCCCUACGUUAUGUCCUACCCGAUGACCUCCAUCACCGCCGGCACAAUGUCUCAGAUGUCCGACCUCUCCGGAGGAAGAUGAGCAGCCCUUGUCCCGUGUCUAAUUAAUUAGUCUCUUGUUAUAUGGUGUAUAUUCAGAACUGGGUGCGUCUUUUGUGUAGCGUGGAUCGAUAAAUCUGAAUGUGAAGUGACGCGCACGCGUGUUCAUUAUAGUUAGAAGAUGUCAAGA